AUGCGGAGGGGCGAGCGCCGGGGCGCCGAGGGGCCGCGGCCGGGGUCCCCGGUGCCGGGGUCCCCGGUGCCGGGGGGCAAGGCCUCGCCGGAGGAGCCGCCGGCCGGCGCGGCCGCGGGCCGAGCGAGCGGGCCGGCCGCGGGCCGCCGCAGCACCGAGUCCGAGGUCUACGACGACGGCACCAACACCUUCUUCUGGCGGGCCCACACCCUGACCGUGCUCUUCAUCCUCACCUGCGUGCUGGGCUACGUGACUCUGCUGGAGGAGACGCCGAGGGACACGGCCUACAACACCAAGAGAGGUAUUGUGGCCAGUAUUUUGGUUUUCUUAUGUUUUGGAGUCACACAAGCUAAAGACGGGCCAUUUUCCAGACCUCAUCCAGCUUACUGGAGAUUUUGGCUCUGCGUUAGUGUGGUCUACGAGCUGUUUCUCAUCUUCAUACUCUUCCAGACCGUCCAGGACGGGCGCCAGUUUCUGAAGUACGUGGACCCCAGGUUGGGGGUCCCGCUGCCAGAGAGGGACUACGGGGGAAACUGCCUCAUCUACGAUGCAGACAACAAAACCGAUCCCUUCCACAACGUCUGGGGUCCCCUCCCAGCUCGCACUGGGGAACCAAGCACGAGGCCUGCACCUGCCCCCACAGGACAAGCUGGACGGCUUCGUGCCUGCACACUUCAUCGGCUGGUACUUGAAGACCCUGAUGAUCCGAGACUGGUGGAUGUGCACGAUUGUGAGCGUGAUGUUCGAGUUCCUGGAGUACAGCCUGGAGCACCAGCUGCCCAACUUCAGCGAGUGCUGGUGGGACCAUUGGAUCAUGGAUGUGCUCGUCUGCAACGGGCUGGGCAUCUACUGUGGCAUGAAGACCCUCGAGUGGCUGUCCCUGAAGACGUACAAGUGGCAGGGCCUCUGGAACAUUCCGACCUACAAGGGCAAGAUGAAGAGGAUCGUGUUCCAGUUCACGCCCUACAGCUGGGUUCGCUUCGAGUGGAAGCCGGCCUCCAGCCUGCGCCGCUGGCUGGCCGUGUGCGGCAUCAUCCUGGUGUUUCUUUUGGCAGAGCUGAACACCUUCUACCUGAAGUUCGUGCUGUGGCUGCCCCCCGAGCACUACCUGGUCCUCCUGCGGCUCGUCUUCUUCGUCAACGUGGGCGGCGUGGCCAUGCGGGAGAUCUACGACUUCAUGGACGACCCGAAGCUGCACAAGAAGCUGGGCCAGCAGGCCUGGCUGGUGGCGGCCAUCACGGUCACGGAGCUGCUGAUUGUGGUGAAGUACGACCCGCACACGCUGACGCUGUCCCUGCCCUUCUACAUCGCCCAGUGCUGGACGCUCGGCUCCGUGCUCGCCCUCACCUGGACCGUCUGGCGCUUCUUCCUGCGGGACAUCACCCUGAGGUACAAGGAGAUACGGCGGCAGAAGCAGCAGAGCCGGGACGACCCGGGCAGGGCCGACGGCAGCGCGGACGGGCGCACACCCGGGCCUGAUGACGCCUCGGGGUCCGAGGAGGCCGACAGAGAAGGGGUGCCGGCCCCACACUGACGCCUGGGCUGCCGGUCCUUGGUGAUUCUCGCCAUGAACCUGCCAGCAGCCUCAGCCCUCAAGGCUCUGUUCCCCUUUUCUCCCGUGUGCACGGCGGCCCUGGGUAUGUGCGCGGUGUGUGUGCGCGUGCUUGAGUGUGGGCUCCAGGGCUCCCCUUGGGCCCGCCAGUCCUUGUGGAGCCAGAACCCCUGCCGCUCUGUGCAGUCAGCCUGGGGUCUCCGCAACCCCAAGCUUCGGCACCCGGAUGGCCUGGCCCAAGCACUGGCAUCGUGGUGCCCGCCUGCUCCCUGGGCCCCGCCAGUCCCCCAUGACCCCCUGGCAGCCUGUGUGAAGGACAGUCAUCCAGGGACACCCUGAAGAGGCUGAGGAAGGGCACAUCCCUUUCUCGGGAUCUUCCAUCUGACCCUCUAAGCUGGAGGGUGCGUGGAUGGUGCUGGAGGGAGGCAGAGACUCCGAGGCCUGGUCCCCACCGUCACGAGUAGGUCAUGAGGGUCUCUGUGGCCGAGUUGAGGUCCCCUCCACAAGCAAACAGCAAAUAAAAUCCAUGGUGGAGGCCUGCA